AUGGCAGGGAUUGGGGGUGCCAUUGCCGGUGGCGUGGGGAAAGUAGUCGCCGCCAAGCUUGCUAAAUUCGCCGCGGAGGAGAUCACUCUGCAAUGGCGCUGCAGGAAGGACCUGACGCGCAUGGCGGCUACGACGAAAGAUCUGGAGGCUGUGUUGCACGACGCUGACGACAACUCGCGUCGAGGAGGCCAACUCGGAGAAGCAUCCCGGAGGUGGCUUAUGAAAUUCCAGGGCAUCGCCUACGAUGUCGACGACGUACUCGAUGCUCUAGGCACUUACGAGCUCAUCAAUAAGAGCCAAUCAAAGGUUAAGGUAUGGUUUUCCAGGAACAAUCAACUACUCCAUCGAGUGAUCAUGCCCCACAAGAUCAAGAGCUUGAGGAAGAAAAUAGACAAAAUAUACAAAGAGGGCCAAUUUGCCAAAACUCAUCAAACACCAGCAAAAAAGAGCACCAUGAAUGAACCCUUUGCAGGCAGCGGUGUUCAAAGUGGUGAAGACACGAAAACAAGAAUGGUGGGGAGGGUUAUGGAGAGGGACAAGAUCAUCAGGCAGCUAACAACAAGUAAAGCUAACGAGGAUAUCUCCAUCAUUCCAGUUGUUGGGCUUGGUGGCAUAGGCAAGACAACAUUAGUUGAAUCAGUUUUGGCAGACAAGAGGGUCGCCGGCUUUGACUUCAAGCUCUUUGUUCAUGUGUCCAAGCCAUUUGAUUUGGACAAAAUUGGGAGGGCCAUCCUGAAGAGCCUGAAUAGCAACAUCAACCUUCACAAUUGUACUCUGCCAUUUCUUGAUGAGAACCUGAAAAAGGAACUUGCUAAUAAAAAAUACUUGAUUGUUCUGGAUGAUCUCUGGGAAGAAAAUGGAGAAGACCUGGAAAAGCUGAAGCAGAUGUUGUUACAUGGCAUGAAGGGAAGCCGGAUUUUGAUAACUACCCGAAACCAACUUGUGGUGGAGAGGCUGCGCACUGGCUUCCUUGCAAAUGAAAGGAAAAUUUGUCCUGUGCUCGAGUCUGACCAAAUCAACUUGGGUGUUUUAUCAUCCGAUGACUGCUGGGAACUCAUGAAAGUGAAGGCCUUUGGGCCUGACCAUGACCAGAGUCGCUUGGAAGAUGUUGGAAGGCAAAUUGCAGAGAAGUGUGGGGGUCUACCACUUGUGGCAAAUGCUCUUGGGCAAGUAAUGUCAGAUCUUAGAGAUGUGAAGGCAUGGGAAGAUUUAAGAGACACCAAAGUUGAUCUGGCAUUAAAAGAUAUACAGAAGGAAACAUUAGAGAGCCUCAUGCUAAGCUAUUACUAUAUGAAGCUAGAAUUCAAAUUGUGUUUCACUUAUUUAGCGGCCUACCCGAAGGGCUCCGUCAUGAAUAGCAACCAUCUAAUCCAACAAUGGAUUGCUCUUGGAUAUCUUUGUCCAGGGUUUGAUGGUCAAAAGUGCAUCAACUACCUUCUAGGCAUGUCAUUUCUUCAGAUUAAGGGCUCACCUUCGGAUAGGCCAAGUCCUACGCAUGCCACAGCUCCUCGGGAGCUCAUCAUGCAUGAUUUGGUUCAUGAUCUUGCGUCAAUAAUUGUUGACGAUGAAGUCAUUGAUCUGGAUGCUACCAAAGCGACCAGCUGGGACAAAACUCCUUAUUGCCGUCAUGCACGGCUAAUCAACUACAGAAGUGAAUCUGAAGUUUUCGAACAUCUACCAAGCAAGGUCAGAUCCCUCCAUUGUAGGGAUUUAGGAGAAGUACAACUCCCAGAAAAAGCAUUUUCUCGGUCCAAGUACCUCCGUGUCUUGGACCUAAGUGCAAGUUCUUCUAAUGGGCAAUCAACUCGUAGAAACACAAUGCUGGCAUCGUCUAUUGGUCAAUUGAAGCUACUUAGGUAUCUUGAUGCCACGGGCUUGCCAAUUACAUCCCUUACAAAGACUUUUCAUACCCUUCAAAAUUUGGAAACCCUUAUUUUGUCCAAUUGCUUGCUUGAAACCUUGCCUGACAAUAUUUGUUGCCUUCGUAAACUUUGCUAUUUGGACCUAUCUGGUAGUAGCAGCCUUAGAAAGCUACCUACAUCACUAGGGAAGCUUUCUGAACUCUCUUUCCUCAAUUUGUCGGGCUGUUCUAUACUCCAAGAGCUGCCUGAAUCAAUCUAUCAGCUUACAUGCUUAGAUCACCUAGACAUGUCAGGGUGUUGUGCUCUUCAAAAGCUCCCUGAUAAAUUCGGCAGCCUUCCUAAACUCUCAUUCUUAAACUUGUCAAGUUGUUCAAAGCUCACCAACUUACCCGACGAUGUUAGCUUUCCGUCUUUAGGACAUAUGAAUCUAUCAAGUUGCCAUGAGCUAGAACACCUGCCAGCAGAUUUUGGACGUCUUCGGAAACUUGAAUUUUUGAACAUUUCUGAUUGCUACAGUUUUACAAUUCUGCCAGCAUCAUUUUGCCAACUUGAUCAAUUGAAGUACUUACAUCUUUCAGAUUGCCUAAACCUCAGAACAAUUCCUGAAAAUAUUGGUGGCCUCGUAGAGCUCCAGUAUUUGAACCUAACAAGUUGCUCUAAGAUCAAGCAUUUGCCCGAGUCAUUAUGCAAGUUGUUGAAGUUGAGGCGUCUUGAAUUGUCAUAUUGUAUGGUGUUGAGAAAGCUCCCUACCUCAUUUGGUGACCUUAAGCUUCAAAUACUUGGCAUAGAUGGUCUUAUAGGUCUCAGUGAGUGGCCAAAUAGCAUCGGUAACCUAUUUACUACUCUCACCCAAGUUCGAGUCACAAUGGGAGUCUGUCAAGAAAAAGAUAGAGCCCUUAUGAGGUGUUUAAAUUUGACGGGCCAAGUAGAACAUUUUGUACAUGAGGUAGGCAAUGGAGGAUGCAGCAGUAUAGUGGAGAUUGCUGGAUCCACUUGUUCCUCUCUGGUACUUAGAGAACUUCAAAAUGUCAGACAUUUGAAAGAUGCAGAAAGUGUGAAAUUGCGUGAUAAAUCGGAUAUUCGAGCUCUACUUCUUUCUUGGAAUAGUGAAGGAGGUGAAUCUGUGCUAGAGAAGCUUGUGCCUCCUCGUACUCUGGAAGACUUCAUAAUAAAUGGAUAUAUGAGCAAAGAUUUCCCUAAUUGGAUGUAUGGCAUCUCCUCAUACCUCCCUUCUCUCGCCUCAAUGACACUUUCUAAUUUGGAAACAUGUGAUAAUCUUCCUCCAUUUGGGGGGUUGCCUAAUUUAAGAAGCCUGUGUAUGGAGAACAUUCCCAAUAUAAGGAAAAUUGGCAGGGAAUUCUAUGGAGAGGGAGGACCUUGUAUGAAAUUGAGAGUGCUGAAAGUGGUGUUGAUGGAGAAUUUGGUUGAAUGGUGGACGACAAAAUCAGGUGAAGAAAAUGAAGAGUUUCUUAUCCCUAAUUUGCAUUAUUUGGGGGUAAAGAACUGCCGGAAGUUGAAGUUCCUACCAUAUCCCCCAAGAAGUAUGGGUUGGAGCUUGGACAACAGCGAUCUGGUUUUGCCGGAACAAGGCUUUGGAAAACUUUCAUCUUAUGCGUUUCCUGGUGAGAUGUAUAUAUAUAACUCCAGCUUUCCUCAUAUUAAGUGGGAUGGACUUCAACACUUCCACACCCUUUACAGAUUUGUUGUUCAGUCGAUCAACGGAAUGAGGACUUUGCCAGGUGUCAUUGGGUGCUUCAGAUAUCUCGUAGUACUAACCUUGCAAUUGUUAGAGGACCUAGAGACACUGCCGAUAGAGUUGAGCCAGCUCUAUUCUCUUCAAUUCAUCGAAAUCAAAGAUUGCCCCAAGCUGGCAUGUCUGCCUGAAAGCAUGAAGUACCUCACCACUCUAGUAGAACUGUUAUUGCAAAGGUGCAGAGACCUAGAAAUAUUACCGGAGUGGCUGGACCAGCUCAUUUCCCUAAAAAGAUUGUGCACCUAUGAUUGUCCCAAGCUGACAUCAUUGCCUGAAAGCAUUCAGAGCAUCACGGCAGAAAUCUACAUUUGGCGCUGUCCAGGCCUUGAAGGGGAGGGUGGCCAGAAAAUUCGUGACAUCUCUUCAGUCAGGCUUUUUAAUGAAAUAAGCAAGAGUUGGGAGAAAUUUGGCCAACCGCAGGAGAGGAACAGAGUGGAACUUAUGGAGAUUACAGAUGCGGUCGAGAGGACGUGGGGCUUCAUUUCCUGUACUCCUUCUCCGAGGCCAUCGUCGCUGCACGCCAUACUCGUCGACGAGGUGUGCCCACAAAUGGUCGAGGCUGUCCUGUUCGUCCCGACUGUAGAGAUGUCGAGCUCCUCCUCAUCCGUCGCCAUGGCCACGCCCUCUAUCGCCUCUCUCGGUCACACCAUCACCGAAAAACUGACCCGAGAGAAUUUCCUGGUGUGGAAGGCACAGGUCUUGCCACACAUCAAGGGGGCGGGGCUGAUGGGCUAUCUGGACGGCUCGAUCAAGGAGCCCACCGCCGUGAUCUACUCCGAGAAGGACGUCGCUGGCAAGAAGGAGAUCACGUCCUCGCUGAACCCUGAGCAUGCUGUGUGGGUUACUCAAGACUAG